AUGUCUUCUGAUAACAUUGUCGAACCCCCAUUCUUCGAGAUGGUGGGCUUGUUUUUCGACGAAGCACUUCCUCAUGUCGAAAAGAAACUUAUCGAAACGCUCCCAUACAAAGGCAGUGCGGAAGAAAAGGAAUCGUAUAUCAAGGGCGUUUUGAGCACAAUCAAACCCUGUAACAAUUGUUAUGAAUUCACCUUCCCCAUCAAACUCGACAACGGAAAAUUUGAACUAUUCCAAGGUUGGAGAGCUCAACAUUCUCACCACAUCGCCCCAUGCAAGGGUGGAAUCCGUUUUGCCCCCGACGUCGAUCGAGGCGAAGUCAUGGCUCUUGCUAGCUUGAUGACCUAUAAAUGCUCUCUUGUCGAUGCUCCAUACGCUGGUGGCAAGGCCGCUUUGAAAAUUGACAGUAAAAAAUACUCCCUUGGUGAACUUGAAAGAAUCACUCGUCGAUUCGCCCUUGAGCUCUGCAAGAAGAACUUCAUCGGCCCAUCCAUCGACGUACCUGCUCCCGAUGUCGGUACAAGCGAACGCGAAAUGGCUUGGAUUGCUGACACAUACGCCAAUACUACGGGCUUUGGCGACCUAAAUGCCAUGGGAUGUGUAACUGGCAAACCCAUCGCAAUGGGUGGUGUUGAGGGCCGCACAGAAGCAACGGGCAAGGGUGUCAUGUUCGGCAUCAGGGCCUUCGUUGAUGUUGAGAAGAACUGCAAGGCUUGCGGUCUUUCCUCUCCUGGCAUUGCUGGAAAGAGGUGCAUUGUUCAGGGAUUUGGCAACGUUGGCAUGUGGUCCUGCACCUUCCUCACCGAAGCUGGUGCCAAAAUCAUUGGUAUCAUUGAAUGGAAUGUCGGACUUUACAACAAGGACGGCAUUGACAUUCCGGCUCUCAUAAAAUACAAAAACGAGCAUGGAGGAGACCUCAAGGGAUUCCACGGAGCCCAAGAAUUCGACCGCGUUGAGCUGAUGUAUGAGGAGUGUGAUAUCCUUCUGCUUGCCGCAUUGCAGCGGGUGGUUACGGCUAAGAAUUGUCACAAGAUCAAGGCAAAGUGCAUUGCUGAGGGUGCCAAUGGCCCAACUACACCCUAUGCCCACAAGGAACUUCUUAAGAGGAAUAUUAUGAUCAUUCCUGAUCUAUUCUUGAACGCUGGUGGUGUCACUGUUUCCUACUUCGAGUGGAUCAAGAAUCUCAACCACAUCAGCUACGGCCGCCUGACCUUCAAGUACGACAAGAAUGCGAGCAUGCUCCUGCUAGACAGCAUCAAGCAUAGUCUGGCAAAAUCUGGCAAACCUACCGAUAUUGAACCAACAAAGCAACUGAGUGAUUUCCUGGAUGUAAGUUUUUGA